AAGAGAUGAAAUAUGGACAAUGACUGAAACCUUAACCUUGAAAGGGAUUCAACCUGCGAAAAAUAUUAAUCCAUCCACCAAAUGAACCUACAGUGGGAGAGUGUUACUUUUUGACAGGUUUCCAUUGGACAGGCUAACAAAACAGACAGUUAUUUUCCUACCAGUAGUUCAGGAAAUGGUCCUGUACUUCUGAAUAUGUUGUCUAUGAAUCCUGCUGAGCAGUGUCUGUUCAUUGAAAUUCAUCUGUGCCUGGAAAUAUGAAUGCUGACUAUUCCAAUGCUGCAAAGACAAUGGUCCCCCUUUUAAUAAAACCAGCUAAGAGGAAAUUGGACAAAACAUGUGACCAAGUGAGCGCUAAGAGAAUGAAAAAAGCCAAGACACUUGAGAAGGACAAGACUGAAAACCUUCUUCCAGAGAGGAACCUAGCAAGCUGUAUGAAGCUAGAACCUUCAGAUAAUGACCACUUUCUGUACUGUGGAGAAUGCAACAAAGAGUUUGAAGGGGACUGCCCUGUCCAUGGACCAUACAACUUCAUACAGGACAAAGAGGUGCCAGAAGGGGACCCCUAUAGAGCUGAUCAUACUCUUCCAGAUGACCUUGAAAUUAAAACCUCAAAAUUAUUUGGACCUGGUCUUGGGGUAUUUUCAAAAGUUAGACUAGAGUCCAGGAUCAUGUUUGGACCGUAUAGGGGCGAUACCAUCUCUGACAACCAUAAAUCAGGAUAUUGCUGGCAGAUCUAUAAGGAAGGCAAAGCGAGCCACUGUGUGGAUGCCCAGAACAAGGCCACCUCUAACUGGAUGAGAUACAUUAACUGUGCAAUGACAGAGGCAGAUCAGAACCUUGUAGCGUUUCAGUACAAAGGAGGCAUCUAUUACUGCACAUUCAAGCCAGUUUCACCAGAAGAAGAACUGCUUGUCUAUUACGGAGAUGAAUACGCCAGAAAACUUGGCAUCAACAGAGACAAGAACUUGCUCUUCAGACCUAAAUAUGUCAAUGGAGAAGAAAGUGACAUUUUACAAACUGUCAUGGAAAAGCACUUAAAAAAUGCAAAAUUACAGAAGAAGAACAUAGAAAACAAGGAUGAAAAGGAGUACAAUGGUGAGAUGUGGAAUAAUAUUAGUAAUAACAGAAGUCACUUGAAGACACACAUGAGGAUACAUGCUGGAGAGAAACUGUACAAGUGUGGGGUGUGUGGUUAUGAAUGUAACCAGAGUUGUAACUUAAAGAAACACAUGAGGAUACAUACAGGAGAGAAACCAUACAAGUGUGAGGUGUGUGGUUUUGAAUGUAACCAGGGUGGUUCCUUGAAGUCACACAUGAGGAUACAUACAGGAGAGAAACCGUACAAGUGUGAGGUGUGUGGUUAUGCAUUUAAGGGGAGUAAUGCCUUGAAGAGUCACUUGGAGAGACACAUCAGGAUACAUACUGGAGAGAGAGAAUACAAUUGUGGGGUAUGUGGUUAUGUGUAUAACCAUAGCAGUGCCUUAAAGAGACACAUGAGGAUUCAUACAGGAGAGACAGAGUACAAGUGUGAGUUGUGUGGUUAUGCAUGUAACCGGAGUUAUACCUUGAAGACGCACAUGAGGACACAUACAGGAGAGAAACCGUACAAGUGUGAGGUGUGUGGUUUUACAUUUAAACAGAGUAGUCACAUGAAGACACACAUGAAGACACAUGCAGAAGAAAGACUGUAUAAGUGUGAGGUGUGUGGUUAUACAUGUAAACUGAGUGGUAACUUAAAGACUCACAUGAUGAUACAUGCAGAAGAGAGACUGUACAAGUGUGGGGUGUGUGGUUAUGAAUGUAACCUGAGUAGUCACAUGAAGACACACAUGAGGAUACAUACAGGAGAGAAACCCUACAAGUGUGAGGUGUGUGGAAAUACAUUCAACCAGAGUGGUCACUUGAAGGGACAUAUGAGGAUACAUACAGGAGAGGGACUGUCCAAGUGUGUGGUGUGUGGUAAGGCAUUUACCCACAGUAGUCAUUUGAAGAGACACAUGAGGAUACAUACAGAAGAGAGAAAGUUUAAGUGUGAUGUUUGUGGUUUUGCAUGUAAUGGGAGCAAUAACUUGAAGACACACAUGAGGAUACAUACAGGAGAGAGACACUACAAGUGUGAGGUGUGUGGUUAUGCAUUUAAUCAUAAGGGAUCCUUGAAGAGACAUAUGAGAAUUCAUUCAGACAAUAGACAAUAAAUAUGUUAGGUACAUUCUUAUGUGUGCUACACAAGUAACAUCUUGGAAAGACACAUGGGGAUACACACAGAAGAGAGAUUGUACACAUAUUGAGUGUUAUGCAUUUCACCAGAAUGGUACCUUGAAGACACACAUGAGGAUAUAUACAGGAAAGAUAGUACAAGUGUGAGGUGUGUGGUUAUAUAUUCAACCAGAGUACAAACUUGAAGAGGCACGUGAGGAUACAUACAGGAGAGAGACUGUACAAGUUUGAGGUAUGUGGUAAUACAUGUAACAAGAGAGAUUACUUGAAGAGACACUUGAUGAUACAUAAAAGAGAGAGACUGUACAAGCUUGAGGUUAUGCAUUUACCCAGAGAGAGACAUAUUAGGACACAUGCAGACAAGAGACUAUAAAUCUGUGAGGUGUGUGCUUAUGCGUGUAACACGUAAUUCCCAUGUGUGUGUAACACGAACACACACAUGGGAAUACAUUUCAUGAGAGAGAGCACAAGUGUGAGGUGUGUGGUUUACCAGAGUGUUAACUGUUUUCUCCAUCAAGUUGGUAUGAUACUGCAGAUGAUUGGGGUUUUAGAUGCUAUGUAGCAACUCACAAAGUGAAAUAUAUUUAACAUAAAUAUAUAUAGAAUAAAGCUUUACAUAGUGACGCUUGACUUACUGAUUUUCUGAGUGAUAAAUAUAAAUUUCAUUUAACGUUGCAAGACAACUUUUAUUAUAAAUGGUCUUAAAUUUAUUUAAGACAUUAAGACUGUGUGUCAUUAUUGUCAGACGGGAUAUAUUCACUUUUUAACCAUCUUAUUCUUCUUUCAUCUUGUUGACAGUUAAAUGUUGAAUAUGCAUUCCAUGUUUUUUGUUGUUCUAUUGUUCUCUUGUCAGUGUGCUUGUAUAUAUUUUAUAAUUCUGAUUUUCUUGGUUUUGUUGACGUACAUCUUUAUUUUUACAUUUUUAUUGCAGACACAAGGACAAUUUCAAGUUAGGAGUCCACUGUUUUAAAUACUGAGUAUUGAAAUGAUAAGAUGAUGAAGUAAAAAAUGUUUGAUUGUGUGUUUUUCUGGAGUUUAUCGCAAAGGUCUGUGAUAGCUGAUCAAGUACUGUCAAAUGUUAGGAUGGGAUUUGAUUCAAAAUGCUAUCUGGUGAACUGUUUUUGUAGUAGACAACAUUCAGUUUGUCCAUAUGCAUAGGGAUUAAUUAAACAAGAGGGCCAAGAUGGCCCUAGUUCGCUCACCUGAGAAGAGUCGGUUCAUUAAAUCUUUACCAAACGUCAAACUUGACUUAUAUUUGUCCAGACAAACAUCCUGGUAAAUUUUCAUCAUUAUUGAACCAAAACUCUGGCGUAUGGAGUGUUUUUGUUUUUGUAAGAUUUGACCUGGUUACCUAUAUUUUGAGACGACCCCCCUUACCAAACAUCAAACUUUGCUUAUAACAAGGGCUGUUUGUAAAACAUGCAUGCCCCCCAUAUGGGCUGUCAGUUGUAGUGGCAGCCAUUGUGUGAAUAAUUUUUUUGUCACUGUGACCUUGACCUUUGAACUAGUGACCUGAAAAUCAAUAGGGGUCAUCUGCGAGUCAUGAUCAAUGUACCAAUGAAGUUUCAUGAUUCUAGGCCUAAUAAUUCAUGAGUUAUCAUCAGGAAACCAUUUUACUGUUUUGAGUCACUGUGACCUUAACCUUUGACCUAGUGACCUGAAAAUUAAUAGGGGUCAUCAGCCAGUCCUGAUCAAUGUACCUAUGAAGUUUCAUGAUCCUAUGUGUAAGCAUUCUUGAGUUAUCAUCCGGACACCAUUUUACAAUUUCAAGUCACUGUGACCUUGACCUUUGACCUAGUGACCUGAAAAUCAAUAGGGGUCAUCUGUCAGUUAUGAUCAAUGUACCUAUGA